GGGUAAUUAUAAGCCACUCAAAAAACAGAAAGGGGAAAAGCCAGAAGGCUUCCCCAGAUGGAUUCCCGCAGCUUCCUCCUUUCAAUCUCCCUCAUUCUCUUCAUAAUAACAUUAACCUCUCACGCUUCAGCCCAGUCAAUCAUACAAAUCCCAUCUCACAAAACCCAAAUCACCGGCGACCGCAAAAUCCGGGUGGACGAUGGAAUGUAUUGUGACAGCUGGAGAUUCUCUGUGGAGACGAACGAUGCAGGAAUUUGGGAGUAUGUUCCCUCCAGAUGCGCAAAAUAUGUCCAAGACUACAUGACCGGCGACCGUUACUUGUCUGACUCUGAGGUGGUCUCUUCUUACGCCCUCAACUUCGCCAAGAACGUGAACGUGUCAGAUGAUGGAAAGGACGCUUGGGUUUUCGAUAUCGACGAGACCUUGCUCUCCAACUUGCCUUACUACGAGAAAAAUGGAUUCGGAUCAGAAUCUUUCAAUGAAGAAUCUUUUGAUAUGUGGGUGGAUCUGGCUGAGGCUCCUGCCUUACCAGCAAGUUUGAAUUUUUACAAGGAGCUCAAACAGCUAGGAUUUACAAUAUUUCUGUUAACUGGGCGGAGUGAAGAUCAAAGAAAUGUGACGGAUAAAAAUCUUGUAUUUGCUGGAUACAGUGGUUGGGAAAAGCUCUUCUUGAGGGGACUUUCAGAUCAAGGCAAACCGGCCGAUCUUUACAAAUCUGAGAAGAGAUCAGAGUUGGUGAAGGAAGGUUAUAAAAUUCAUGGGAGCUCUGGAGAUCAGUGGAGUGACUUAGUGGGUUUUGCUGUGGCUGAAAGGUCCUUCAAACUCCCAAAUCCAAUGUAUUACAUUCCUUAAACAAAAUAUAAAAGGAAUUUGUUCGUAUGAUCCUGUUGUACUGUUAUUUUGCUUCAUGUAAUUGGAUGAACAUACUUGUUUGCUUCAUUUUAAUAAGAUACCACUGCGAAUUCAUGGUUGUUACCUUA